CCCGACUGGGCUUCCUACACCCUGGGGGUGUUCAUCUGUCUGAGCUGCUCCGGAAUCCACCGGAACAUCCCCCAGGUCAGCAAGGUGAAGUCCGUCCGGCUGGAUGCCUGGGAGGAGGCCCAAGUGGAGUUCAUGGCCUCCCAUGGGAACGAUGCUGCGAGGGACACGUACGAGUCCAAAGUGCCUCCCUUCUACUACCGGCCCACGUUUUCUGACUGUCAACUCCUGCGUGAGCAGUGGAUCCGGGCCAAGUACGAGCGGCAGGAGUUCACCCACCCUGACAAGCAGGAGCCCUACUCCGCAGGAUACCGAGAAGGCUUUCUCUGGAAGCGCGGCCGGGACAACGGGCAGUUUUUAAGCCGGAAGUUCGUGCUGACGGAGCGGGAAGGGUCCCUGAAGUAUUUCAACAGAAACGAUGCCAAGGAGCCCAAGGCUGUCAUGAAGAUCGAGCAUCUGAACGCCACCUUCCAGCCAGCCAAGAUAGGCCACCCGCAUGGCCUGCAGGUCACCUACCUGAAGGACAAUAGUACCCGCAACAUCUUUGUCUACCACGAGGAUGGGAAGGAGAUCGUGGACUGGUUCAACGCGCUCCGUGCUGCCCGCUUCCACUACCUGCAGGUGGCAUUCCCAGGGGCCAGUGAUGCUGAUCUGGUGCCGAAGCUCUCCCGGAACUACCUGAAGGAAGGCUACAUGGAGAAAACGGGGCCCAAGCAAACAGAAGGCUUCCGGAAGCGCUGGUUCACCAUGGAUGACCGGAGGCUCAUGUACUUCAAAGAUCCCCUGGACGCCUUUGCUCGUGGGGAAGUCUUCAUCGGCAGCAGGGAGAGUGGCUACACGGUGCUGGACGGACUCCCGCCAUCCACCCAGGGCCACCACUGGCCACACGGUAUUACCAUCGUGACGCCAGGGCGUAGGUUCCUGCUGGCCUGCGAGACGGAGCCGGAGCAGCGGGCCUGGGUGGAGGCUUUUCGGAAGGUCGUGGACAGGCCCAUGCUGCCCCAGGAGUACGCGGUGGAAGCCCACUUCAAACAUAAACCCUAACGAGAGAUGGUUCUGGAGGCCCGAGGGAACUGGACUCGCUGAAGUGGCCAUCGAGGAGGCAGCGGCCAGACUGGGGGGCUGGCAGAUGAAGGACCCGGCUUCCUGGCCCCGGCCCUAAGUGGCAGCCCCGGACUUGGCCACGUGGGGCCUGAGCUUUAGCCACUAGGACCUGUUUCUCUGGAACCUCACUGCAGGCCGGCCGACCUGACCUCUGACCCCACCAUGCUGCCACCCACUGAUGUGACCGCCCGCCCACCCACCCACCGAACCACCCUUCCUCUGAGGCCUAGGCCCGGCCUCCUGGCUCAGGGCAGCCUGGCAGCCCCUCACCAACUCCCCUUGCCCCCUGCCCACCUGAGCAGGACCCUGCCCAGGAGGCUGGGCCGUGGGGGCAGCAGGCGGCCUGCAUGCCUCCCCUCCCCACCCUGCUCCUCCAAGUCCCCCUCAACAAGUAUUUAUUGAGCACCUGCUGCGUGUCGGUCAUGGGGUCCUGGGUGCUAGCAUGGGGGACAUGGUCCUCCUCCUCAAGCAGCUGACCUGGCACGUGCGUGAGGGCCCUGGGGGUCAGAGGCACUGGGGAGCUGCAGCUCCCUGGGCCCCAGCACGCCUGGAUUGGAAGGGCGAAUGGAGGGUCAGCUCCUGUCUGCCACCCGCUGGGCACUGGCUGCUGACCCACCCCACCAGCCUGACCUUGUGGUCACUGAGCCCUUGGAAGGUGGAAGCCCGGAGUCCCCCACAGGACCCAGCAUACUGGCCAGCCGGUACUUAGGACCACUUAGCCUCCUCCCCCAGUGGGGGGCUGGGGGGGGCAGAGAAGCAGCAUGUGUAGGUGGCGGGUACCGACUGGGUGAUUUCGGUGGCCCCCCAGCCCCCGUCAUCCCCUAAGGCAGCCCUGGACCAGCCCUUGAGAGGACCAGGAGGGGGUCCCCAAGGCAGGGUGUCCUGUCACACCAACCCUCAUGUCCUAUCCUAAAGUGGCCCCUUGUGUAGGUCAGGGGCUGGGGAGGGGGCACGGGGUCCCCAGGAGGACCUACCUGCUGGGCUCCGAUACGUGCCAGGAGUGGGGACAUCCCCAGAAGGGUGCCCCAGGGCCUCUGCCUAUCCUCGUGGGCCUGACUCCCACCACCCCAUCUCCCCUCUGCACCUGAGCAUGGGGCUCCCCUGCUCAGACCUGUGUAGGCCUGGAUGGGGGUGCAGCUGCAGGGGCAAGAGAGGAGUGCCCCCCUCACUCCCAUCUCUGCUCCGGUCCCCAAGAUGGCUGGGCCGGGGGGUGAGGACAGUCACAGGGUCACCCAGGGCCCCCACCCCCUCCUGCUCCAGGCAGGUGCCUCUUCCCCAGCCACGCCAGAUGCCACACCCGUGAUCGCUAGCCCAUCUUCCCCGCUUCUAGACAAAGAACCUCAAGCCCCAGAGGCGGGGGGGGGGAGGGGGGCGGGUUUCUCAUCCUGGGUGGAAAUGAAAAGAUAGAGGCCCCCAGGACUCCCCCUCCCCAUCCGGGGAGCAGCCCCAGCCACGCAUUCUCCGGGACUGGUCUUCUAGGCCGUCUUGACCAGACGCGAGGGCGUCGUGCCCAAGACAGUAACAUGUUAAAAAGAAACACCAGAACGUUUUACCACUGGUGGGAGUUCUCCAACGAGGUCGGGAGCUCAUGGCCCGCAAAGGGUGGUCACGGUGCUUACCUCACACACCUCCGCACAGUGGAGACGUGGGCAACCCACGGCCCGCAUGCUACGAACGGGAGGCCGCGUUCCCCGAAAAUGACAGUGCCAUUCACAACUGCAUGAAAAAAGUGGCAGUGCUCACAGGGAAAGCGGGGUCAGGUGCACGGCUGCAAAGCUGUCCCCCACCCGGGAGGGGGGGUCUCCACGGGCUGAGGACGAGACAGACGCUGCCACCACGAGGGGAGUGCGGAGGGACGCCGGGAGGUGUGCGCGGUCUGGGCUCAUCUACUUAGUGUGGGGCGAAAUUCCACAGAAAAACCCACAUUCUGCUCCGACGUCCCUCCCACUGAACUGACUGUGCCGGAUGCAUUAUUGUGGUUUCAGAACAAGCAUCACGGCACAAGCUGGGGGUCCGUCGCAGGCGUGGGGCCUGCCCCUUGCCAGGACUCCCUCCACCACCACCCUCCACAGAGAGCCCCGGUGGGUAGUUUGUGGGGGGCUCAGCGCUCUCCUUCCCCCACCCCGUGGCCUGCACGCAGAACCUGUGACAAGGCAGGACCCCACUGGAUUUGGUUUCUCACAUUUAAAGAAACCACCACGUAGCUACACACGAAUCACAAGACCUUCCCGACACUGGCCGCUCGUGGCCGUCCACAGCGCCCCCUGCGGGCACAGCGCGCACAGACCCGGCCACCACUGGUCUCGGCAACCGCUCCCGCCCGCCGGCCCCAGGAGCUCACUCAGAAAGGACGAGCGCUGCAAAGCCCAGUAUAAAGGAUUUAUUUCAACUCAACAAGUAACACAAACCUUCCUUUAAAUUCCAUUUUACAGUCAAUAAAAGUGUGUAUCUCAACUCCUUCCCAUGCAUGAUCACUGUGUAUUAAUCUACAACUCUUAUUUAAUUGUGAAAAAAUAAAGUGUUUCCCCUCUCGUCA